AUGUUGAAAUUGCCAAAGUUAGAUAAAUCAUCUGAGAUAGACAUAAAAAAACAAUUUAGAAAAUUAUCCAGAAAAUAUCAUCCUGAUAAAAAUAUAAAAUAUCGAAAAUUAUAUGAACGAUUAAAUGGUGCAAAAAAAAUCUUAUUAGAUGCUGAACAACGUAAAGCUUACGACUAUUAUUUGUCACAUGGGUUUCCAGAUUACAAUUUUUCAAAAGGUGGGUUUUAUUUUUCCAAUAGAAUCAAGCCAAGUAGUCUAUUACUUUUCAUUGUAGUAUAUUUUUUGGUUGGUGCCAUUCAUUAUGUUUUGCUGCGAUUACAGGUUAACUCCAAAAGAAGUAGAUAUCAAAAUUUCAUUGAUGAAAUUAAAAAACAGGACGACAGUAAUGGUUUGGGUAUUAGAGACCUGAAGUUUCAAACACCUGACUUGCAUAAAAACAUUGAUGAAUAUGAUGUUGUGAGAAUUAAAUUUGGAGAUGUAUAUUAUGUAAAUAAAGAAACUGGGACAGAGCACUUAAUGGAUGUGGAAACUGAAAUUCCUAAAUCCUCAAUAUACCAAUGUUUUUGGUUUGCUUUCCCCAAAUCAUGUUUCCAUUUACUAACUUUGGGAAAAUUUAAAAGAGAUGCUCAACAUGGUACUGAAACAGCUAAACCUAAAAUUAAAAAGGGUUAA